AUGUCCAAAUCCGAAGCGGCCAUGGUAUCCGAUAUCGACAAGCGGACAAAGGAGACACCACCUACAAAUGAUCUCACCAUAACUACAUCUUCCACAUCAACAUCAUCAUCCACCUCGCUUCUUCAACCUAAACCUCACUACUCCAUCUUCCACUAUCUCAAUCUUGCAUCAGAAAAACUAGAUUCACUAGGAGUAGAAACCAGAGGAAUAGAGAGGAUUCUACCAAACGAACGGUCAACCAACACGACAAAAUUACUAAUCAGCGUCAUUGGAUUCUGGUUCUCGGCCUGUGGUGGACUCUCAUCCAUGUCAUCUUUCUACCUCGGCCCCUUGUUAUUCGAACUCGGAUUGCGCAACACGUUAAUUGCAGGACUUGUAGGCCACACGUUAGGAUGCUUCAUCGCGGCAUAUUGUUCAGUGAUGGGGCCCAGAUCCGGAUGUCGACAAAUGGUAAGUGCAAGAUUCCUCUUUGGAUGGUGGUUUGUGAAGUUCGUGGCGUUGGUCAAUAUUAUUGGGGUCACUGGAUGGUCAGUCGUCAAUUGUGUUGUCGGUGGUCAGAUUUUGGCUAGUUUGAGCGAUGAUCGGGUCCCGUUGUGGGCGGGGAUUGUUAUUAUUGCUGGUGUCACGCUUCUUGUUGCAAUUGGUGGGAUCAAGCAGUUGUUGAGAGUGGAAACGUUUCUUAGCAUACCUGUCAAUUUGUCAUUCUUGUUGUUGUACAUUGUUGCGUCGCAGAAAUUCCAAUACUUGACCUUGGAUGAUGCCAUUACUGAUUCUGCCACAAUCAAGGGCAACUGGCUAAGUUUCUUUUCGUUAUGCUACUCCAUAACUGCAACUUGGGGUGGGAUUGCUUCUGACUACUACAUUCUCUUUCCUGAGGAUACACCAGAUGUGCAAGUGUUUUGUAUCACUUUGUUGGGCAUUUUCCUCCCCACCACGUUUGUCGGUGUUGCUGGGUUACUCAUUGGCAAUGUUGCCCUUGGAUACAAGCCAUGGGGUGAUGCAUAUGCGAAAUGGGGAAUGGGUGGAUUGUUGAAUGAAGCAUUUAAGCCAUGGGGAGGUGGCGGCAAGUUCUUGCUCGUUGUCAUUUUCCUUUCGUUAAUUUCAAAUAAUAUUCUCAAUACGUACUCGGCAGCAUUUGGAUUACAAUUGGCAGGUACAGUGUUUGCAAAGAUUCCGAGAUGGCUUUGGGCAAUUGCAAUCACUGCUGUAUAUUUGGUGGCGGCAUUAGUUGGUCGGAAUGAGUUUUCAACGAUUUUGGGCAAUUUCUUGCCAAUGAUUGGAUACUGGAUUUCAAUGUAUUUCAUAUUGUUGCUUGAGGAAAAUACCAUAUUCCGUACUAGCAGAUUCCACCAUUUGUACAAAUUAGAAUUUGCCAAAGAUGAUUCUACAUCAACAUCACCGUCAUCUUCCAUCAAUGAAUUGGGACAAGAGGCUGAAACCAACAGUGCCAACCCCGCCCAUUUACUUCGCCGUCCCAAUCAUCAUUACAAUUUCAAUAUAUGGAAUGACUACGAUAAGCUAACUCACGGGUGGGCUGCUACUGCGUCGUUUAUUAUUGGAGCUACUGGCGCAGCAGUGGGGAUGGCACAGACAUACUGGGUUGGUCCAAUUGCACGUAGAAUUGGCGGUGAGUAUGGUGGUGAUAUUGCCAUGUGGUUGUGUAUGGGGUUUAGUGGGAUAGUUUAUCCUGUGUUGCGGUAUGCUGAGCUAAAGUAUUGCAAGAGGUGA